AAAACUGCAGUUGAAUAUUUCCUACUACCUCACCGUUAGGACACCAUUUUCUAUUAUUUGACACAUUUCAUUUUGAUAUCUUUUUCACGACUAAUGUGCGAUAUUGCCUUCUGAUUUUAACUUCAUAUUUUGUUACUUUGAUGGAUUCAUCAUCUAAAUUAUAAAGGUGUUUUUGUAACGCUUUCUCGGCGAGUUAUCGUUGUUGCUACUGGAAAUCAAAGUGACUAAAUAUUUUUACAACUCAUCAGUGAAAGAGCAACAUUUUGUUACCAACUUGGAGAUGCCACUGCAUUGCAAGGGUAGCUUCUAGUUUACCCUGUCAGAAUGGAAACUACUAGAUUGAUAUGUGGAAUGCAUAAUGAUGAUAUUGUUGAUGAAAUUCAAGCUCUCAGUGCCAUCUUAUGCGAAGAUCAGGAGUUCCAGGUGCAAUCUAUCGAUGAGAAAGAAGUAAUGUUAAUGAUCCACCCACACCAGAUCAAGAAUCAUUUAAUAACUCUCACUGUUAUUUUGGACAUCAAAAGUUACCCCGUUUCUAGUCCACAGUUAUCGGUCCAGAGUUCCAGGUUGAGUCGAGCAGAAUUGCAUAUCCUUGACACACUAAUCAAGGAAGAGGCCUACAAGUUACAAGGACAGGUGACUAUUUUGUCUUUAGUUGAAUGGCUGGUCAGAUACUGUAACCGUUACGAAGAGAAAACGAUACCAACAGCGGAGUCUUUGGCAGGAGACGCCGAACACGAAUAUACCACUAUAGUUCAUCUUCAUCACAUCCGUAGUAAAAUAAUUUAUGUUAAAACGCUGAGUCAAUGGUUUCGUGAGCUCGAUCUCCACGGAGUCUUGAUCUCUUAUCGAAGGUGGAUAUUCCUCAUGGUUUCGGGGGAAAAAAAUAACCUCCAGGUAUUCUCCGUUGCAAAGACAAGUUUGAUCGAUCAGCUAAUACGUUGUCCCUGGAGUCAGUUGUAUCUAAAACGACACAGGACACAGAACGUCGACAUAGACUCCGUUGGAAGGCCAUGUAAAGAGCGAAUGCUGACUGUUCUGGGUCAAGUGGAAGGACGUCUUGAUGCAGUCGGCGUACUGGACGAGGUAGAACUCAAUGAUUCCGGUAAAGACUGGUCAACAUAUUGGAAGAGUAGGUCAAUUUUAGUGAGUAUCUAUCAGAAAUUUAUUCAGCCACAAAUUGGACAGAAGAAAUGAUGAAAGUAAUCACAACACACCAGCGGGGGCAGCAACAAGAGACGUUCAAGUAAUCCGGAAGGAUGAAUGAACAUUUUAAAAAAAGAAAGAAAAAGACACGCACAAUGUAACAUCUGUUCAAUUCACAUUUCUCCUACUCCGGCGAGAUCACACUCGUCUUUUGCGUUUUCUUCAUUAUGAUACAAAUUGUGUUUUAAUAUACAGCAGUUUUCACGCUAGGAAAUUAA